GCAACGUCAAGACACCCGCCCAGCUGACCGAAACCUCAAUUCUUUGCACUGAUGCUCUCAAACAUAUCCAGGUACACUUUUUUGUUUAACAUUGUGUUCUCAAGUUCUACUCUAAUCAAUCCAAAUGCACUUAUUGGAAUGCAAUAGCGAAGGCCGGUUCGAUCUGGUCAGAAAUCUUGCCGGCAGUGAUAUUCCAGAAUACGCUAUCCUAUCGCACACAUGGGGGGCAGAUGCAGAUGAGCUCACCUUCCAAGACCUUAUGAACGAUACUGGACAGAACAAAUCUGGUUAUCGAAAGCUUCAAUUUUGUGGCGAACAAGCUAAACGCGAUGGCUUACAAUACUUCUGGGUGGAUACUUGCUGUAUCGACAAGUCUAGUAGUGCCGAACUCCAAGAGGCUAUCAACUCUAUGUUUCGCUGGUAUCAGAACGCGACUAAAUGCUAUGUGUACCUGUCAGAUGUUUCAACAAACAGAACUGAUCAAGUUAGUUCUUCCUGGCAACUAAUUUUCAAAGCGAGUCGAUGGUUCACUCGUGGUUGGACACUUCAAGAGCUUAUUGCACCAAGAUCAGUCCAGUUCUUCUGCUCGAAUGGUAUGCUGCUUGGCGAUAAGAGAUCUCUGGAGCAUUUAAUUCACGAAAUUACUGGGAUUGAGACAUCAGCGCUUCAUGGACAGAACUUGUCUGAUUUCAGCAUUGAUGAGCGAAUGUCAUGGGCAAAAAACCGCGAGACAAAGCGUGAAGAAGACAAAGCCUAUUGCUUAUUGGGCAUUUUUGAUGUCCAUAUGCCACUCAUCUACGGCGAACGAUCAAAAAAUUCGUUUAGAAGGCUCGGAGAAGAAAUUGAAAAGCGCGCAAAGAAACACACUCUCGAUGACACGCCAGCCUUUUCUGCUGCCGGUUUCAGCUCCACAAAACGAUCAAAAAUCUCACAUGAUCAAUCCUCCAAUCAUCUCUCCCGCCUUCAAACCUCAGAAGACCCCGAACCAGUUUACGAGUAUCCUACGAAUGAAAUUGAUGCUACCACAAGACAAUCUAUUAUAGAUCAACUCUACUUCCCCAAAAUCGAUGAGCGUCUAACGAGUUUGACCGCUGCCCAGGGAACAACAUGCCGUUGGUUUCUUACCAAAUCGGAAUACUUAUCAUGGAACGAUGUUUCAAAACGGCAAGAUCAUGAAGGAUUUCUUUGGAUCAAAGGCAACCCCGGUACUGGAAAGUCAACUUUGAUGAAACUACUCUUCGAGGAGGCUAAGCUUAAGACAAAAGGCGAUUUCUCAAAGAUCACGUUGUCGUUCUUUUUUCUCGCACGUGGUACGAUUGAAGAGAGAACGACUACUGGUUUGUAUCGCUCUCUUCUGCACCAGCUUUUUGAAAAGGUGGUGGAGCUUAGAGAUAGCUUGGAUUGGAUGACAGCUGAUGGCGCGAGAGGCGUUGAAAGAAAUGGUUGGAGCGAAGCAGCUCUAAAGCAGACGUUGAAGCAUACUGUAGAAAAGCUUGGAAGUAGGUCACUAAUGAUAUUCAUCGAUGCUCUGGAUGAAUGUGACCAGAAGCAAGCAAGCGGAAUGGUGUUCUUUUUUGAAGAAUUAUGUGAGCUUGCAGGAAUUUCGCAAGUUAGCUUGCAGAUAUGCUUUUCUAGUCGACAUUAUCCCACUAUAGUCAUCCAGAAGGGUAUUGAACUGACUCUAGAAGAUGAAAUCGGUCAUAUGGAGGAUAUUCAGCACUAUAUCAAGUCGAAGUUAAGACUAGGUAGAUCCAAACAAGCCGAGACACUUCGGACCGAGAUCCUCCAAAAAUCUUCUGGCAUUUUUCUCUGGGUCGUCUUGGUUCUUGACAUUCUCAAUUCUGAGUAUUCGACCGGCAUCAUUUCCAUUAAGAAAAUCAGUAAGCGUCUCACUGAAAUUCCACCAGGAUUAAACGAUUUGUUCGAAAUGAUCCUCAAGCGUGAUGGAGAGAACCUCGAAGAACUACAGCUUUGUCUGAAGUUGAUCCUGUUCGCGAAUCGUCCCUUGAAGCCACAAGAACUCUAUUUUGCAACUCAAAUUGGUCUUGAUGGAGAAUGUAUGGGUUCUUGGGACCAGGAUGAUGUCAACGUUGACCAAAUGAAGUUGUUUGUGAGGAGCUCGUCUAAAGGCUUGGCAGAAGUGACGAAGAAUAAAGCUUCAGACGUACAAUUCAUCCAUGAAUCUGUUCGAGAUUUUCUGUUGGGUAAAUACGAGUCCCAAUGGUCUGGAAGUUCCGGAAGUUUUGUCGGUCAUGGGCACGACACGUUAAAGAAUUGUUGUUUGACUCAACUAAACGCUGUCGUCAACCAAAAAGUUAUAAAAUAUUUUAACUUUAGCGAAUCAAAUUUCUGGGAAUGUCGUAACAUAAAAUAUCCAUUUUUGAACACAACACAUCCCCAAACAGGAAUUCCACCCGCGCAACGUUCCAAGGAAGCACAGUCAAGGUUCCAAGAGGAAAUCAAAUCGAGGUUUCCAUUCCUCGAUUAUUCAGUGUCCAACAUCCUGUAUCACGCCAAUCUUGCUCAACAAAACUACAUAGAGCAGGCAGACUUCCUAGCAACGUUUCCCACUCAUCUAUGGGUAUUCGUGAACAACUAUUUCGAGAACCACGAAAUACGACGGUAUACGGAGUCGGUAACUACUCUUUACCUCUUCGCAGAAAGAAAUCUAGCGAGUCUUAUUCGAAUUUGUCCUCGGAAGAAUUCUUGCUUCGACGUCGAAGAGCAGCGUUAUGGGCCGUCAAUCUUCGCCGCUCUGGCUACUGAAAGCCAUGAAGCUGUCCACGCGCUCCUAGACAUUGAAUUGGAAACCUACCCCUCAGAUUCUCUGGUUCAUGGCUUGUGGAAACAGCAUUGCCUAAAUGGAAUCAAGAGUAUAAACAUUGGGCGCAGCUUCACUUAUUCUCGGAAACGGGAUGUAAGAUCAUAUCUUUCAGAUAACGAUCUUGAGAUACCACUGAUUAUCAUACUCGGCUCGGAAAAGUAUAUCGGCAAAUUGGACGAGGGUAUUGAAGGUGGCGAAAAUUUGUUAUUCCGGGCUACUGUACGUGCGCAGGAUAUUGUAGCCAGAUUUUUAUUGGAAAGUGGUGCUGAAGUAAACUCCAAGAGUGAAACAAUGCAGAUCCUUCUAGUGAAUGCUAUUGUUAGUGGAUGCAGAAGCAUAGUCAAAUUGCUAUUGGAGAAAGGCGCUGAGAUCAACAAUAAGGGAAUUGACAAAAGAACACCUUUGACAACGGCUACUAUCAAGGACACUUAGACAUAGUCAAAUUGCUGUUGGAGAAAGGUGCUGAGAUUGAUUGUCGGGAUGUAAGCAAUCAAACACCUCUAAUAAAUGCUGCCUAUAAUGGGCACAAGAAAAUAGUUGAAUUGUUAUUAGAAAAAGGCGCCGAGGUUACUUGCAUUGAUUUCCAGAAUAAAACGCCCAUUGAACAUGCUAUCAUUGGUGGGCAUACGAGCAUAGCGAGUUUUUUAUUAGGAAAAGGCGCCAGGUUUGAUUGUGAAAAUGAUGUUUUUAGCACAGCGCUGUUAGAGGCCUCGCAAUUUGGACGCGAAGAAAUGGCUAAGUUUCUCUUACAAAAUGGCAUGAAUGCAAACUUAAGAGAUAAAAACGAGCUGAGUCUAGGCUGGACGCCGCUGAUGCACGCUGCUAGAUGGGGUCACGAGGCAAUAGUCAAAUUAUGCUUGGAAAAUGGUGCUGAGAUCAACGCAGGAUACGGUGAUGGUAUGACAUCAUUAGAUAUAGCUGCUUUAGUAGGGCGCACGACUGUUGUGAAGUUGUUGUUAAAGAGGGGUGCCGAGGUCGACUUAAGAAUGGAAUCCCCUCAUAACACACUUUUUCAAGCUAUUUUCGGGGGGGAUGCCGCUGUAGUUGCAGUUUUGUUAGACCAGGGCGUUUGUUCACAGACUGAAACCACGAAGACGAAUCAUCUAUUUAUACAGGCUGUCAAAGUAACUAUCUCAACAGAGCAUCUGUCAGUACUCAAGCUCUUGCUUACAAAGUCUGAUGUUAUCGAUGGGGAGGAUGGGGAAGGUCGAACACCGUUGUUUUGGGCUAUUGAUUCUCAGCGCGAAAAGAUGAUCAGUUUAUUAUUGGAUUGCGGUGCGAAUAUUGAAUCGAAAGACAAAUAUUGUUGGACACCAUUGAUGUAUGCCAUCGUUCAAGGAGCUUACCUACCCGUUGUCAAGAUAUUGCUAGACCGUGGUGCCGACAUCAAUGCUGAAGAUGACGAAGGUCAGACGCCGCUAUCCGUAAUAAAGAGAAAUCCUACUUUAACUGAUCAGUUGGAAACAUAUAUUCCUGGAUUAAAGAUUGACCGCUGAGCGCUGUUUGCAAAAAAGCAAGGCGGUUAAAGAGGAGCAUAGGGAUUAAUGAGGAGCUGUGGAUGCCAAAACUUUAGGAAACACAACUGCGGUAUUUGCUCUUCCUAUUUAGUCCAGGAUGGCAGAUACGAUACUAUGCAUACUCUAAGCACAAAUCUAAACAUUCAAACGAAGGUGCCCAUGAAUCAUACGAUCAUGGCACGGCCACCCUUAGAUAUAUCAAAAUCGAGGAUUUUGGGGAUUUUGAUAGGGGACGACGGGGGUGUGGAUUCUGGAGUUUGGAGUUUCUGUGUGUGGUCUGAAUGAUUUUGGAACUGGGUACAUCUUAAGCUAUAGCUUUAAUUCGAUAAUGGGUACGGAACAAGAGCUUAUAAGCAGUAUUUGACUACCGGCUGAAAGAGACUUUAGAAUUAGUGCAUUUCUCCUGAUAUUUGCAAAUCCUACUUCAGCUGCAUAAAGGGCACUUUUCAGAGCAGCAGCCGCAAAUCAGAAAUGUGAAUAUUCAAAGCUUGAUAUCAACGAUUUACACGGGAGUGUAUGAAAAUGACCUAGACAUUCAGGGCUCUUCUCUUAUCGGGUACGAAUGAGUGUGAUCUACACCCUCUACUCUUUACAACCGACGUACCUAAUACAAGCGAGUCAGAAUGACCUCCUUAAGUUUGUUCCGGGAGCAAAAGAAUGGUACUACCACAUCCCGUUAACAGAUACGCAACCCGAUUUACUCAGGCUGGGAUCUCCUAUCCAGCCUCUAGGCACUCAUUCAAACCAGAAACCCCUCUCUAUAAAGCCACUUAAUCCACAUCAACGACGAACAAAUCAACCAGCAUAACACCCCCUCGAGCACAUUUAUCCACCAGCUAAAAGAAAUAAAACCAAAGACAAAAAUGCAAAAGGAAAUGCAACUGCCGUGAAUCGAACACGAACCUCCACCUUGGAAGGGUGGAAUCCUAACCAUUGGACCACAGAAGCUUGAGGAGCUGAUAAACUGCUUUCCUUGUUAUUGUAGGAGAAGACUCAUUUUGAAUAUAUAAAUAUGCAGUGGGAAAAUUUUCCACUUGUGGAGUUGGGUGGGGUGAGGUGGGGUAGAGAUAUUCUGUGUGCGAAUGUUCUUACCCCUGGCGUGGACGAAGCGAAAUGAUAGUGGAUAUGGGAUAGGGCCUUGCCUUAGCUUUGAGAGUGGAAUACUAGAGACGAUAUUAUACAUUGUUCUAAAUCCUUAGGGUUGUGGAGAAUUGAUUGUAAGGGAGUGUAGAUGUUAGAAUAGUCGGAUUUCGGCAUUAACCUUAUAUGAUUUUGUUGUCGUUUUACAAACUUGUGUGGAUAUCUGGUGUAUUACACUCAUGACUCCAACGAAACUAGUAGCAUAUCGUAUUGGGAAAGCUAUAGACCAUCAUAAGUGUUUAGGAUUCAUUACUUUGACGAAUGCAAACAUUAAAUGUCUAUAUAAUGGAAGUCUGGCAAGACUGCA